AUGCUUGGUAAAAGACCAUCUGGUCUACUGCAGUCUUCUGGGAUCAGUCCCAAACUCCAUUUGGUUGUUCAUGUUCAUACAGUGCACUCAAUUUCCUCUCCAACCUGGGCGGAGGAGCCACUACUGAAAGAGCCCGCCUUCAUUUGUUUAUCCGAUCCGGGUUUAACAGUAGAGGAUUUACGGAGUAGCUUUGUAGAAUCUGGCCUUGGAAAGCGGGUAACCCUCUGGAACGAAGACGGCAGCGUGGUUCCGGGCUCUUGUACCGUUCAAGAUGCUUUCCAUGAUGGGGAACGUAUUCUCGUUGGAGUUCACUCACCGGUCAAAGCCGAAAGGAAGACGACCUUUAUAGAUGAUUGUAGAGCUGCACAGAAACGUCCACGAGAGGAUGAUUCAAAAAGUCUGAUUGGCGAGGAUGUGGGACGACAGAGGACCAAACGAAGGAAACAAUCGGUCGGUUCGUUCGAUGACUGUUUUGAGAGAGGGAACACGGUAAAGCGGCCACACAAAGUCGCUCUGGGCAAACAACCUGUUCGCACGACAUCCUCUACUUGUGCUGAAUUAGGUCGAGAUACACAGCCUACAACUACGACCAACUCCUCCGACAUCAUCGCCGGGACUCCUCAGAAGGAGCGCAGUAAGAGACGAAAGAGGCCACAAAUACUUGGUUCGCCUUCCAAGAAGAUACUAAACAACAAUCCUGUUUCGGCUUGGACGCCUCCACACCCACAAUUACCUUCACAGUCACCCAACAGCCGCAUGGCGAGUGCAUCCGCGCCGUCUCAUUGUGCAAUCGUCAAUCGAAAAGAGUCAGAAAAGCUAGAGUUCCGGCAAAAAGAGACUCUGGAACGGCAAUCUUUCGAAAAUGCAUCUGAAGCAUAUACUGGCUGUAAAGAUUAUGUAGAUGCAAACGGUAAAGAGAUAUCUGGUGGGGUGCGCGCUACCUAUGAAGCGACAGAACACCAAGAACAUCAAGAUGCACAUCCAUGUCAACUCAUAGAUGACAGCCAUCUGGACGAAUUCCCCCUUUCUCUACCCGCAUCUUUUGCCGCAUGCCUUGAUAAUGCAGAGUUGAUCAAUGAUUUGGAUGAUUGCGAGCGGGCUGCUGACGAAGAAGCGCUCGCAAAGGAACUGGAGACUGUAAUGGCUGCGACCUUUCAGAUGGAAUCCUGGCAACUACAACACGCACCAUCGCCAAAUCCAAAGGGGGCGCAGGAUGGCGUUUCAGAGAAGCAGUACGAUGUCUGGGAUCAAUUGGAGCAUUGCCGCGAAACAGUUGUCGCACCACCAAAGAAGACGGCACCUACGCCGGAUGGUCAAUCUGCCAACCGAUCUGCCGAAGAUGACGGCGUAUCGGCAGCAUGCUUUGGGAGUGCUGCGAGCAAGAUGAAGUCAAGACAGAGAUCCCAUUUGGAGCAGCAUGACUUCAAUCCAGUCAAUGAGGGUGAACUGAUAGGGAGUUCUGUGAAACAGAAAACAUCAACGGAAGGACACUCCAGUGUUCCGACAGGAACCAAGGUACGAGGACGAGCUUUACGCAAACAGAAGAGCAAUAACGGAGCGACAGCGGCGCGACUGCACGUGAAUAUUGGGAGUGCUACAGGCAAGAUGCAGUCAAGAAAUGUAUCUCCUCUGGAACAGCAUGGCUUCGAUCCAGUCAACGAGAGUGAGUCAAUGGAGGGUUCUGUCGAACAGAAAACGUCAACGGAAGUACACUCGAGUGUUCCGACAAGAGCCAAGGUACGUGGGGGAGCUUCACGGAAGCACAAGAGCAAAAAGGGAGCGACAGCGCCACGAAUGCACGUAAAUGAAAAUACAGAAGCUAUCGAUAAUAGUGCGAAGGAGAAUGACCGCCGAGAGCGCAUGAAACUUACUCUAAAGCGUUUUCACGAUCGUGAAAGGAGAUAUUUGGACCGACUGGAAAAUCGUGCUGUCCGGGAAAUUAGAGCCGCUAGAAAAAUCGCAAAGUUGGAUGCAGAAAACGCUUGGAUGGAAAAGCAAUGCGGCUUUCUGCAAGAGGAAAUAACCCAGCUGGAUGAAGAGCGAAAUGAUUGGGAUGAAAUGAGACGACGUCAGUCAGAGCUGAUUGCUACGUUGCAACGAAGUAUAUCUGAGGCCAGAAAUAAGCGUGAGAGGCUAGGACAGGAAGUGCUCGCAUUACAUACGCUUUUCGGGGAUCGUGUCAAGAAAAGCAUGAUGAGGGUUAUGGGUAAGUCGCUGCAGGAAGGAAACGGCUGA